AUGGACUCGUGUAGCGUUGCACAAGACUUGUUUUUGAUGAUGAAGGAACAUGUGCAAGAUCUUCAAUCAGCGUUGCGAAGGAAGGGUGGAGAUAUAAGCAUUGAAAGCAACAUUAAUGCUUACAUGUGUUGCAAAAACAAAGUGAACAAGGAAAGCAUAAAGCAUCUUGGUGUAUUGAAGCAAAUGGAAAGAAAAAUUGUUAGAUCCUCCUCUUAUCCUCUCUUACAUGUGAAUCACUACUUAUCAAUGGUGAUUCGAGUUCUAGGAGAAGCAACUUCCAUUACCAUCUCUGUCCUGCGAACCCUCUGGUUGUUCUUUUCAGUGUCAGCUUCAAAGACAAAACCUAGUGGAUGGUCAUUGGCCUCGAGGUUAUUGCUCACACGGCCGGUAGCUUCUGAGAGAGGCAGCAAGGUUUUGAAUGAGGUGGGGAAUGUUGAUAGCACGCUUCAAUCCUUGCAUCGAUGCAUUCGGAGCAAUGAUGUGAAGGGUGGUGUACAAAUGGCAAGAAAAAGACUACAAGCACUUGAUGCUAGCAUUGAAGGUCUCGAAGCUGGAUUAUAUUGUCUUUUUAGGCGACAAAUUCAGAAUAGGGUUUCCCUUCUCAACAUUUUAGCUCACUAA